UAUGCCCUAAGCGACCAAGGGCGAAAAUGUCAUUUCACUUUGACAAAUUGGUUGAAAAAAGAAACAAGCGGCAUACCCACUACCACGCAAACACGAAUCAUGACUGCUUCCGAGUUAGGAGCGGCGAAAAAAAAAAUCAAGUUUUUCCUACCCACUACCACGCAAACACGAGUUGAGCACUGCUAAGGUCAACUGCACAUCUCGCCGGAGUCCCCUCACUCUUCCUCGACCUCUCUCCUGAUCCCUGAAAGCACAAGCUCGAUCGAGAAAUGGUAGGGCCCGGGCUGACGGUCGGCGGGUGGUUCGCCGGCGCCGUGAUCGCCAACUUCGUGGCGAAGGUGCGCUCCAUCAUGGAGGACCACCACGCCCUGCAGGCCGAAGCCGGCGACAUGAUGUACAGCGUGGAGGCGGCGCUUCCCCGGAUCAAGAUCCUGGUCGAGGUGACCGAGCGCAGGGCCAUCUCCAACGGCAGCUUCGCCGCGUGGCUGCAGCAGUUCAAGGACGUCGUGUCAGAGGCCGAGGACCUGCUUGACGACUUCGAGACCAAGAGGAUCCAGGAGAAGCUCCUCAGGAAGGGCAGCAAGGUCGGCUCGGCGGCGUCCUUUGCGCUCAAGUACGUCAGGAACCUCCUCCUCUCUGACACUGAUCUCCAGAGGCUCAAAGAUGUCCUGAAGAAGCUGAAUAAGAUCAUCAGUGAAAUCGGUGGUACCGGUUUCCAUAGCAUGCUGGAUUUAGCCGACGCCGAGGAGGGGGUGACGAUGAGAAUCCUGCCACCGACACGACCGGUGGUCAUCGGCCGGGAUGAGGAGAAGCAGCAGCUGCUGAGCAUGAUGUUCCCAGCUGCGCCACCGCCUCGAGAUGGCGCAGAAUCCAGCAAGCAGUUUUCUGUCAUUCCUGUUGUAGGAGCAGCUGGUGUGGGCAAAACGACUCUUGCUCAGGUAAUCUACAACGAUCCAAAUGUCAAGGAGGCUUUUGCGUUAAGGGGGUGGGUGUUGGCUUCUCGUCGCAGCCGCAACUCGGGGGACUUUGCCAAAGAUAUUAUCGAUUCUUUUGGGACCGAGCAACAGGACAAUCUGCAAACAAUGCCCGGUCCAUCGGAGUGUGAUUUGCUUAGUGCCAUUGAAAACAAGAGGUUCUUCCUUGUUCUUGAUGAUGUGCAGGUUAAUCUGCACGAAAUGUGGGCUUCCCUAAGGUCAGCACUGCCAGGGGCGGCAAAUGGGAGUGUUGUAUUGCUAACAACUCGAUCAGAAGAGGUUGCGAAUAGUUUUGGAACGACAGCCCAUGUUACACUGGAGCAGCUACCGUUCCCGGUCUUGUGCAGAGUUUUUGAGCAUCAUGCAUUUGGAAAGAAGAAGAAUGCUUCCCUCGAAUUAAUCGGUAAGAAAAUAGUGCAAAAUUUGCAUGGCUUACCUUUACUUGCAGAAGCUAUUGGAAGGCUGCUGAGACAAAAGUUAGACGAGGGACAUUGGCAAAAAAUUUCCAGAAGUCAUUGGUGGCACUUUGCAGAAGAUGAUGAUAGUCAAAAUGUUGCUCUACCUUCAGUAGCAAUUAUGUGUGAAUAUCUAAGUGAUCAUCUUAGAAAGUGUUUGUGUUACUGUUCAAUAUUCCCGUCUGGUUAUUUGUUUGAAAAGAACAUGCUGAUUCACAUGUGGAUAGCUAGUUUCAUGCAACAACAUGAUGGAAUUGGGAUGGAGGAAAAGGAAAAGGAAUGGUUUGAUGAGCUAUCCAACCGCUCAUUCUUCCAGCCUACAAUAUGGAAAAACAAGUACGUCAUACCUGAUAUUAUCAGAGAGCCAAUAUACAGCAUUGCUCAAAAAGAAUGUCAUGCAGCUACAGAUUCAGGAGAACCUAAAAGAAGCCUCCAACUUUAUCGUCACCUAGCCAUAGAUAUUCCUGAUUUAAAUGUGCACUUGGACUUAGGGAAGGCUAAUAAGUUGCGGACCAUUUUAUUUUUUGAUGGGCGCAAAACAAUUAAGCCACACGAAGCACUUGCUAAUAUUUUAUCUCACCCUAGUGCCCUACGGGUAUUAGACUUCUCUUACUACGAAGCUAAACUGGGAAAGGCUCAUGAUUUCAUUAACAAAUUCCAUCACCUACGGUUUCUGGAUCUCUCCUUUACUGAGAUUACAGUACUCCCAGACUCCAUCUGUAAGCUGCACCUUCUGCAAGUUCUCGGUCUGCGAGGAUGUCAGUUCAAAGAGUUACCUAGAGCUAUGAAUGAGUUAAUUAGCCUCCGAUUCUUAUAUGCGGAAGCUCGGACAGUCUCUCUCAUAUACAAGAUAGGGCAGCUGACAAAUCUCCAAGGGUUAGAGGAGUUUCCUAUUGGUAAAACAGAAGGGCACAAAAUAACUGAACUGAAGGACUUAAAUGAAGUUAGCGGACGACUCUGUAUCUGUAAUCUAGAGGAAGUAACUUGCACAGAUAUAGAGGGCGGCGAACCUGAACUAUUCAGAAAAAGACACUUAAAGAAGUUGGUGUUGAAAUGGGGGUCGGCAGCAGGCACGUCAACAAUCGCAUCUGAUGGUUGCAUGAGGACACUUGCUGGCCUAAAACCAAAUGCAAAUCUUGAAGAGCUGAGAAUUCAGUGUUACAUGGGAGUUGGGUUUCCAGCAUGGAUGGCUGACGAGCAGUAUUUCACCAAACUGCAGCACAUUCAUCUUAUUGAAUGUGAACAGUUAAUAACACUUCCGCCUCUUGGGCAACUCCCAUCCCUCGUGAUUUUAGUGUUGCAAGGCCUAUCAGUAGUUGAAAAAAUUGGAAGUGAAUUUUAUGGAACAAAUUACAGGGUAUUCCCGUCUCUUGAGGAGCUGAAGUUCCUUGAUAUGCCAAAUUGGAGGGAGUGGUCGGACAUAGAAGAAUUACAAGAUUCGCGAGCCCUUCCAUUUCCACAUCUUAGAAAGGUUCAGAUCAGGAAUUGCAAAGUUUUGAGUGGCAUGCCAUUAUGUUGCUUACAAGCAUCACUUGAGGAGCUCGAUCUUUCAGGAUGUAAUGAAAUAUUUGCAUGUAAACCAAGCAGUUUAGAGGGGUUAAAAUGUCUCUUGUGUUUAAAAAUCCACCAUUGCUUGGGGAGAAUUUAUCUUCCGUGCGAUUUGUUGGGAUCACUUGAGGUUUUGAAUCUUCAAACAUGCAAGGUUUACUUCCAUGGAGGUCGAGGACAGAUCAUCAAACUGAGGAGGAUUUUAACCAGUGAUUGCCAUGAACUGAACUUGGAUGAAUUCAAAGCAAUAAGGAAAGAGCAGUUAGUUCUAGAAGUGUUACUUUCCAAAGGAGUUCAUUACUUGCCAUCAUGCUUUGUCAACAACUGGAACUCUGAAGCAUCAAUUUCCUAAGAAAAGUUAGUCUGAUAAAACCCUAGCAAGGAUCAAAGAUCAUGAUAAUACUUCUCCGGUGUAUGUUAGUAAUCCAGCCUGUUGAACUCAAAAUGCAUAGUACAGCUCAUUUAAUAAUAUCACUUGUUCAAUUUACACAGGAAUAGUGAAUAUAACUGUUCUACUGUAUGUAUAGCUCCUACCUUCGUUUAUAUA